ACUGAACCAAACCAAACCGCAGUUUAAUUAGACAAUCGGAUUGGAUGACAUUUCUCUCAAAAACUGAACCAAACCGCACCGCAAACACCAAGUAGCUUCUUUUUUUUUUGGACAGGGAUCCGGGCCAACAAUCAAACUCGGAUCCAAAACAGGACAACCCAAACAACAAUCCCAUAUCCCAACCCGGUCCUCUUCCUUUUGUUGAGGAAGUAGCUUCUUGAAAUCGUUGAGUAAGAGGCUUCUCUGCUGGGCUUUGGUUGCGCUUUGGUCCAAUUGGUCAGAUAAAACAGACAAACCCAAAUUGGCCCAAAUGAUAAACCCAAACUGGCCCAAAUGAUAAACCCAAACUGGCCCAAUAGUGUAGCCAUCAGCGUCGCCUUCGUCACUUUGUCAGCUCGUGGCUGCAGCUCUGUUUGUGGCAGCUCCCGUUCAUCGAGUUUGUUCUAAUUAUUACUGCUAUUGCUUAAUUGAUCAAUUCAAUUUUCCAACCAUUCAAGGGUUUCAAAUGGAGGGUAAAUUUGCUGAAGAACUUUAUGCUGAAAGCUUAGAACUUUCAAAAUCAGAACUAAAAUCAACUAGUGCUCAUGAUCAAGAAAAUAAGUUACAUGAAUGUGAUGAUGAUGAUCUUUGGGGUGAUUCUGAUGACAAGUUGGAUAAAUCAUCAGAUUUGGACAGAGAGUGGCAAAGGAGGCAUGAUGAAUUCCACACGAUCGGGUAUCGGGAAGGUCUUAUAGCGGGAAAGGAAGCUUCAUCUCAGGAGGGGUUCAAUAUUGGUUUUAAACAAUCAGUCCUUGCUGGUUAUAGUUGGGGUGCUGUAAGAGGUGUUACGAGUGCAUUUGCGCAUCUUCCAGAUGAGUUAAAAGAGAAGCUGGUUGAAAAGCUAGAAAAACGUAAUGAACUCCAUGGGAUGCAUGAAUCUGUGCAUUCUGUGUCAACAGCAGAUGCCCUUAGAUUCUUUCAUGAAGACAUCAAAGCAAAAGAAGCUUUAGAACAGAGCAAAGAUGUGAAGGUUAGCCCCUGGCAAACUUCACAUGUUUCUCAUUUGAGAAAUUAUCACCAACAACUUGAAUCUCUGAUUCAUGAUACACCUACCAUGGACAUUCAUUUACCUGAGCCAAAAUAGAAGGUGUUCUACCUGGUGUUUAAAGCUGUUUAGCUUAGAUGAUAUGAGGUUAUUGUGAUAUCUUCCAUGUGCAUGAUUGUAAAAUUUAUUAUAUGUUUCGCAUAAAAUAAAUACAGGCAAUUUAGUUCCCAAACCAGUGAAUUCAAUCAGGAUGCUUACAUGAAGU